CCUCCCCCACUCCCGCUUUCGCCCGCGGUGUUGUGCAAUGGAGAAGCAAAAGCCCGGAAACUGUUAUUCCGAUCAGCCCCGAAGCGGGCGGUUGUAUUUGGAAACAUGACCCAGAACUGCAAUGGGAGCGGCGGCUACACGCAACUUAGCGUUUCUGCGCGUUCUCCCAGCCAGCAUCGCCAGUCGGUGGGCCGCGGGACCGCGGAUACCAGAAGCAAAUGUAUUACUGACUUUUUCAAACCAACUGUCAAACAAGACAGAACUGUGUUGUGCUCUCCAGAAAAAGGAAAUGGACAAGUUGGACAUACAGUUUCAUGCGUAGACCAUGUUAAAAAGAAUACAUCUUCUUCAAAGAAAAAAAAAAGGAAGAAAUUGCCUUGCUCACCAUCAGGCAGAAGCCCAAUAAUUGAUGCUUUAUUCCGAAAGGCUAAGUCAGAGAAAAACAACAGUUCAGAAAAUGGUGUUUGCAAAAUAUUUAAUGAUCCAAAACCUGUGGUUCGGAGACUGUUCAUAUCUAAUGCCUUACCUGAUGGUUCUUUCCUAUUAAAAGAUCAAAAUUACCCAACAACUUUGGAAAGAAAUGAGAACUAUCCUGUUCAGACAAGGACACAUUUAAUAGAUAAUAAUAGCAGACAACAUAAAACAGAACAUGAAGACCUAGACACAACUAGUUCAAGCUUGAAUAAAUGGCCUUCCACUUCAGGAAAUAGUCUGAAGAAGCAGAGCCACGUAACUCAGCGUCAAAAAACAGACUAUUCCAGGUUGCCACAAGUCAGUUCAAAUAGUUCUUCAUCUCCAAAAUCAUUAGGAACCAUUUGCAGAAAAAGACACGAGAAGCGCACCAAAGAUUUCUUAAGAAAAAAUUCAAGCUCAUCUUCACUGGAAUCUUCUUCAGAUGAGUCGUCUUCAGCACAAGCUUCGAAAAGUGUGUUUCAUUCAGGAUUAAGCUCUGAUAAGACUAUUGUCACAAAAAGCCAGCCUAGUCCUACAUCUUAUUCCAGUGCUACAACUUCAUUUGGAAGAGCUAACUAUAAACAUCCUAGAAAGCGGAAAAGAAUUUCAUCAAAAACACAUAUGAAACAUUUACAGAAUGUUCAGACAUUAAAUAAACACAAACAUGGUAGUUCACACAUUUCCCAUAAUACUAAUUACUCAAAACACAGAAUAACUGCUCACAAGAAUUUCCAGCCAGCAGAUCUAGAUUGGUCUAGCGGUAACUUGCCUAUUUCAGUAAAAAAAUCUGAAGCUGAAGAAAAUGAAAAUAAAUCAUAUAGAUCCACUAGAAGUAAAAAUGACCAAAUCCAAAUUUCAGAUACUAGCAAGAGGAAAUUACAAACAUCUACUCCUCUUAUUUAUUUAGAAACACGAAAUAAUGCUUCUACAAUUCUUUCAGAAAAAAUUGCUGAGCCCCUUGGAUGUUCUUUGGGAGAGUGUGACAGUGUUGUCUCACUUGAAGAUUAUACUUGUGACACUAUUCCUAAUUCUUCAAAUAAUUUAAAUACAUCUGACAAUGAAGCGUAUGAGUUAAUUCAAAAAUUAAAGAGCAUUUCUGAUAGCGAUGCUGAGGUCUCUGAUUGCAGCGUGGACAGUAGCGAAGAAGAGACACUCAUCCCUCUUGAAAAAAUAUUAUUCCAGAGUGUCAGACCAGCUACAAAAAAGUCAGAAGAAGCUGUGGAUGAGGAUGAAAUAACAAGCACAAAUUCUACGACACAUAAUGCCUCUCUUUCUAAAGUUUUUACUGAGCGUGGGGCCUCGUACAUGAAUCAUUUGGAGCAUCUCCUGAAAGAGAAGGAAGAGUUAAGGAGGGUAGAUGAAUUAGAGAACCAGUUACAGCAAGUCAAAGAGAUAGUUGGAAUAAACUCUGAAUCUGAAGAUCAAUCUACUGAUGGUGAAUUAUCUGCUGAGCAUAGAGAAUUUAUAGAAAAAUACUCAUUCAGCCAGGAUGCUAUUCCCGACCAGCACCCUGGAGAAAACAUAUUUCAAAUAGUGAAUGCUGGGAAAAUCUUCAGCCAGAAUAAUCUUGAUUUGAGAAACUUUGGUUUUCAUCCUCAGAAUCGGAUUGAACAAUAUCUUCUUAGAUCUGAAAUAACACAACAGCUUUUUGUAACUAUUGAAGGCUUACUUACAUCUACUUACCAUAAUUCUCCUUGUCCCGUACCAAUUUUAAAAUGGAUGUUUCAGAUGAUGUCAAUUCAUUCAGAUAGCACAGUUUCAAGAAAAUUUUUGGAUGUGUUGAUGCUAUUAACAAUUAGAAAUUUUGCUGAUAAGAAUGACAAACACAAGCCAUGGAUUCCAUCAUUAUUUGAUAUAACAACUGUGUUACUCAAUAUGGGUAUUUCCUUCAGUGUGUUGUUUCCUUUGCAACAUUUUCAGCCUCGCUUUACUGAAAAUGAUAUUAUGUCUAAAAUGCAUGUAACUGUGAAUAAACAAUCAAAAAGAGACAUCUGUAUAAACCCAACAGCUUUCUUUCUUCUAAUAGAGAGCAAUCUUUGCAAUAUAACAAAGGUAAGAAUGGUGCUUUGCAUGCCCCAAUUAUCCUUGGCAAUAAGUUGUCUGUCCAACCACCAUCAUAAUCUGUUGUGGCUUGUUCAGUUUGUCCCCAAUUGGACAAUUCGUGGAAGACAAAUAAGACGACAUCUUAGCUUGGUAAUAAUCUCAAAACUUCUUAAAAGCCAUGUGAAAAUACCCAGAAGUCAUGAUCAUCAGAUGUCACUACUUUGUAAGGAGCUUGUGAAGAUGAAACCUUCAGGUCUGUUAAAGAGGCUGUCAGAAACUUCAGGUCAUCAUGAUGGUGUUACAGAGCCUUUUCUUUCUGAAUCUGAGCACCAGGCCUAUUAUCUGACUUAUGUCCUCCUCCACUUGGUUAGGGAAGCUAGCAAUUUUGAGCAUACAAGUUCCAAUCAAAGAAAAUGGCUGUUGAAACUCUGUAGCACCCUAGAAAAACAUGUAAAGUGUGAUAUUAGGGAAGACGUCAGACUGUUUUACAGAACUAAGGUAAAAGACUUAGUUGCUAGAACAUACAGCAAAUGGCAGCAAAUGAUACACAGUUCUCAGCUUAUUCAGGGUCAGAUCCAUGACUUUUGGGUCCCAGAUACAUAAAAAAAUAGAGACCGGAUGUUCAAAUGACCAAGAAAAUGAGUUGGAAGACUACACUAUUGUCUAAGAAGAGGCAUUCUUGUAAAAGUGCACUUAACUCCCCCAAUUACUUAAUUGAGCAACUAUAGUAAACUAUAUUUUUAAAAGACCCAUUUAAUAUUGAGAAAGUUGCUUCUUUCUACUUGAUGAUAAUAUCUGGUUUUUAAGUCGUUCUAAAUUUGAUGGGUACAUUUUAAAAAAACCAAGGUAGGAUUAUUUUGUCCUUUUUACAACAAAUAUGGUUCUUUCAUUCCUACUGUGAAGCAGAAUUUAAAAACCAUCAUUGGUAUUUGUUUUCAAUAUUGAAAAUGUUUCUCUGGUGAUCUUAUAAUAGUAUCAGUUACAUAUAGAUGUGACUUUUGACUUGUAUUAUUAGCAUAUUGAAUGUUAGCUUUUGAAAUUGAAAGAAACAGUAAUUUGUUGGAUGACACAAAAAAUACAGACAUACAAAUUGGAAAGCAAGUUGGAAUUUAUUCUGUUUGCCUUCAAGUAAAUUUCGAUAGUCUGUAGCUUUAUAUUUAUAAUAAAAGGGUUAUGAAAUCAGUCAUAGCAAGUCCAUAUUGUUUAAAUGUUUAAGAUUGCUGAUUGUUCAUACCCAACAUUCAGGUAUUCAUAGAUAUUGCAUGCUAAUAAAUUGAUGCAAUAAUUUGGUCAAACUUUUAUAUCAGAAUUCAUGUAUUCCUCUGUUUAUAUCACUGGUCUCCAAUCUUUCCAGCUUGGCGGCCUGGCGCCACAACUGCUUGUGUUUGCCUAUGAAGCUCCACUUGUAUGAGCAGAGGGUGCUUGGUCUCGCUCUGGAAGCUCCAGUCAAGUGGAGCUUCGUGAGGGCAAGUGCUGUCUGCUCUCGCAAGUGGUGCUUCUCACACAUGGGCUUGCCCAUUUAUCCCACAGCCCAGUUUUAAACGGGCUGCGGCCCAGAGGUUGGGGACCCCUAAUUUAUAUAACUUGGGACUAACUAUAUGCAUUAUUUUAUGACAUGAACAUAAAAUAUAUUCUCCAUAAGUUUCAGUCUUAAUAUUAAUAUAAAUAUAUGUAUAUGUAUGUGUGUGUAAAUACCAUUUGUGUGUAGUUUUAAUCUGAAAACUUGCACUUCCAUAUAUGUAAAUAAAAUUUUAGAAGCCAUACAAAUUAAAUGCUUUAGAAAUAGUAUACAUAAAAUAGUUCAUUUUUAUAUUUACAUUUAAAUCAAGAUAGUCAUGUUAAAUAAAGAAAUGGCAAAAUAAAUGGUAUAAACUGCUAUUAUCUAAAUGUGCAAUAAGCACUGAUAAAUCUUUCAGGAAUUUUAUCUUUAUUCAAUGGAUGGUGGUUUAUGUCUCAGAAGUGUAAAUCUGGUUCUGACUUUUAAUGCUGUUGAGAGUUUCAUUAAUUCCAAUAUAAAGUUUUAAUGGAAAAUGCUACUUUAGAAGGAAUAAGUAAGGAUAUAUUAUUAUUAACCAUCGCAGUCAGCCAGAUGUUCAGUCUGGGUUUGGCAUUUUUGUCUACCUAUCGAGUC